AUGACCACUCUUUGGGUACUGCUGCACGUUGCUGCUCGCUGUGACUACGAGCUGCACUCUCUCGACUUCAUCACUGCUUUCUUGCAGGGCAGCCUGCACGAGGAGAUCUGGCUGCGCCGCCCACCUGGCUUCACUGGGUCGUUCCCUCGUGGUACCCAGUGGAGUCUCCAGCGUCCAGUCUACGGUCUCCGCCAGGCGCCGCAUGAGUGGCACGACACACUGAGGACUACACUGGCGACACUUGGGUUUGCUCCUUCUACUGCCGACCCGUCGCUGUUUCUGCGCACCGACACCUCUCUGCCGCCGUUCUACAUCCUCGUGUACGUCAACGACUUGGUCUUUGCCACAGGUGACACUGCUGGAAUCGCCUACGUGAAAACAUUAUAG